AUGCGGGCGACACAACCACAAUGGCGCAAGAGUUUCUUGUCGCGCAGUCUAGAUGAGCUGAAGCGCCGGUCUAGCAUAGCGUGGAAUCUCGAAGCUGUGAAAGGGCCGCAAGGCCCACGCACUCUCUACGAAUUUACUGACAGCGAGUCGACACGCGACUGCAUCCUCAUGUCCGACGAUCUCAUCGGCGGCUCGUCCAAGUCACACCUCGAUUAUGUAACAUGCCCUUCGACCUCAUUACCUUCGACCGCAACAUCGACAUCGUCAUCGUCAUCGUCAUCGUCAUCGUCAUCGCCUUCAUCCUACGCACGCUUUCACGGCUCCAUUUCCACAGCCUUACCAAGCGACAGACUCAAGAUCAAGCGGACUGGCUACGCUGCCUUUCGGACGCCCAACCAGGCGCCCACCCUCUUCGGGAAAUCCGUCUGGGAUAUCGACCCCUACACCUACCUCGCACUUCGCGUAAAGUCUGACGGUCGUGCCUACUUUGUCAACGUCCAGACUGAGGGCGUCGAGCCCACCGAUCUACACCAGCAUCGUCUCUUCGCCAAGCGCCCGGGGCAAUGGGAGACGGUCCUCAUAAAAUGGAACGAUUUUGUCCGCACCAACUAUGGCUUCGUCGUCGAGCCCCAGACCGAGAUCCUGCGCCAGCGCGUCGCCACCGUCGGCGUUGGACUGACGGACCGAGUCGAGGGACCUUUUGAACUUUGUAUCCAGCGAGUCUGGGCGACAAACCAACCGCCUGACAUCGACGGCCCCAACUUGGAGCUACAUGGGGGACUUAAGACGAAACAAGGCGAUCGGAUAAAAUGGUAG